AUGGUCGCACAACUUCCCAGACUGACACAAAACUGUCAGAUAAAAGAAAACUUCAGCUUUGUGUUGACGAUAUUUUUCACCCAUCUCCUGUGUUUGCUUGUUCUGGCCGUGUUUUUCCAUUACCGCUGGAAGCUGAGGUACCUCUACUUUAUUGGUCAACGGCGGCUGCACAUCGGUGGACGUUUGGUCAACUACAACCCACAGGUUGAUGUCUUUGUCACGUACGAUGAGGGUGAUCCAAGAAUCCGACAGAUUGUAAGAAAUAUUCUUCUGCCAUUCCUGAGAGAAAAGAACAUCUCUUACAUUUUAGGAGAAGUGGACUUUCCAGGUGGGGACAUGGUGUCACACAUCAGUGGAGCUAUAACUGGCACAAGAAAAACGCUGGUCUUGUUGUCUGAAGAUCUUUUCUUGGAUCACUACCGAGAGUAUGAGAUGAACCUGGCCAUCAUGCGAGAGUUCAAUGUACGAGGUCAGGUUAUCGUUCCUGUCUUUGUUGAGAGGGUCGACUUGAAUACAUACCCACCUGAAGUAGAAACUUAUUUAAGGAAUCAGCUGUACAGGUGUCUGGUCUACAGAAAUAACCAAACAUUCUGGACACUUCUGCUACAUGCCAUAAAAAAUGAUAAGUAG